AUGAACACCAUGACUGAUUUCCAGUACUACUUCAUCUGCUUGAUCCUCUGCUUCCUCUCCACCAUCUUGAUCAAAUCCUUCUUCAACAAACCCACCAAGCAAACCACCACUCUCUGCCUCCCUCCUAGUCCACCGGCUUUGCCGGUCAUCGGUCACCUUCACCUCCUCUCCUCCUCCUUGUCCAAGUCCUUGCACAACCUCUCCACCAAGUAUGGUCCUCUCCUCCUAGUCCGGUUCGGCGCUUCUCGGAUGCUAGUGGUUUCGUCAGCCUCCAUGGCUACUGAAAUCUUCAAAACUCACGAUCUCACUUUUGCUUCUCGUCCCUCAUUUGCUUUUGCUGACGAGUUGCCGUACGGAAACUUGGGAUUCUUUGCCACCCCAUAUGGUGACUAUUGGAGGUUCAUGAAGAAGCUUUGCAUGACAGAACUGCUCUCACCCAAGCAAAUAGAAAGGUCACGCGCCAUUCGACAUGCAGAGGUUGCAAAGUUUUUGAGGAAAAUGUUGCAGAGUGCUACGAGGAAAGAGAUGGUUGAUGUGGGUGCGGAGCUGAUGAGGCUUACAAACAACAGUAUAUGCAGGCAUGCUCUAAAAUUAAUUUGA